AUGGAGCGGCUGGCGGACUUCGUCAGCAAAUCGCUGGAAGGGGGCGAAGCACCCGCGCCACCUCCGGAGCCCGGUGAUCAUGAUGAUGUGGAUGAAGAAGUGGAUAUCACUGCAUUGGAAGAAAAGGCGCCACCAGCAAAAAGGCCAAGAAACUGGCUUCUUUCCCCUGUACCCGUACAAAAUUAUAAGAGAGAGGAGGACGACGAUGAUCAUAAACACGACUUUACUGAUAAGUCAAAUGGCGGAAUCAACAAUGGAACAGGCGGAGGAAAACAGCGACGCUCUCGAACAAAUUUCACCUUGGAGCAGCUCGGCGAAUUGGAGCGGCUGUUCGACGAAACUCACUACCCGGAUGCUUUCAUGCGCGAGGAACUAAGCCAACGUCUUGGACUCAGUGAAGCUAGAGUACAGGUA